GGCGGCUGCUGUGAGGGACAAAGACCGCGACGGAGGAGGAGGAGGGAGGAGGGGGCCUGGCCAAGGCCGGCGUCCGCCGGAGCUCUUCGAGGAGCCCUUUGUGGCAGAUGAGUACAUUGAACGCCUGGCAUGGAGGACUCCCGGUGGAGGUUCCCGAGGAGGCAUGGAAGCCUUUGAUCCCAAAAGAUUGCAAGAAGAAUUUGUAAAUCACAUCAAUGAGCUGAAGUUGCUUGAUGAACGAAUCCAGAGAAGAGUGGAAAAGUUAGAGCAGCAAGUCCAGAGGGAAGCCAAGGAAUUUGCCAAGAAAGUUCAGGAACUGCAGAAAAGCAACCAGGUUGCCUUCCAACACUUCCAAGAACUUGAUGAGCAUGUCAGCUAUGUGGCAACUAAAGUCUGUCACCUUGGUGACCUACUAGAGGGGGUAAACACGCCGCGGCAGCGGCUAGUGGAGGCUCACAAACUGAUGAAGUACUUUAAUGAGUUUCUAGAUGGAGAGCUGAAGUCUGACAUUUUCAACAACCCUGAAAAGAUCGAGGAGGCAGCUGAUAUUAUCCAGAAGCUGCAUCUGAUAGCGCAGGAAUUACCUUUUGACAGAUUCUCUGAAGUAAAAUCCAAAAUAGCAAGUAAGUACCAUGAUUUAGAGUGCCAAUUAAUCCAGGAGUUUACCAGUGCACAAAGAAGGGGGCAAAUCUACAGAAUGAGAGAAGUAGCUGCAGUCUUGCUUCACUUUAAGGGCUAUUCCCACUGUGUUGAUGUGUAUAUAAAACAGUGCCAAGAGGGUGCCUACUUGAGGGGUGACAUAUUUGAAGAUACAGCAAUUCUCUGCCAGAAUGUGAAUAAGCAGGUUGGCGACAUAUUCAGCAGUCCAGAAACUGUCAUGGCCAAGCUUAUCCAGAAUAUCUUCGAAAUCAGACUUCAGGGUUAUAUAAAAGACCAGUUGGAAGAACAUAAGAAGUCAGAUGCGGAACAGUAUCUUCAGAGCCUCUAUGAACUAUACACAAGGACUACUAAUCUUUCAAGCAAAUUGAUGGAGUUUAACUUGGGCACUGAUAAGCAGACUUUCUUGUCUAAGCUUAUCAAAUCCAUCUUCACUUCCUACUUGGAGAAUUACAUUGAGGUAGAAAUUGGUUAUUUGAGAAGCAGGAGCUCCAUGAUUUUACAGCGCUAUUAUGACUCAAAAAACCACCAGAAGAGAGCCAUUGGCAGUGGAGGCAUUCAAGAUCUCAAAGAGAGGAUACGGCAACGGACAAACCUACCAUUGGGCCCAAGCAUUGAUACUCAUGGUGAAACGUUUUUGUCCCAGGAUGUAGUGGUUAAUCUCUUACAAGAAACAAAGCAAGCUUUUGAAAGGUGUCACAGGCUUUCCGAUCCUUCAGAUUUGCCAAAAAAUGCCUUCAGAAUUUUCUCUUUGCUUGUGGAAUUCUUAUGUAUUGAGCACAUUGAUUAUGCUCUGGAAACUGGACUGGCUGGUAUUCCUUCUUCAGAUGCCAAGAAUGCAAAUCUUUAUUUUCUGGAUGUUGUGAACCAAGCUAAUACCAUUUUUCAUCUCUUUGACAAACAGUUCAAUGACCAUCUGAUGCCAUUGGUUAGCUCUUCUCCUAAGCUCUCUGAAUGCCUUCAAAAGAAAAAAGAUAUCACAGAACAAAUGGAGGUGAAACUGGACUUGGGCAUUGAUAGGACGCUGAAUUGCAUGAUUGGGCAGAUGAAGCACAUCUUGGCGGCUGAACAAAAGAAGACCGAUUUCAAACCAGAAGAUGAGAACAAUGUUCUGAUUCAGUACACUAAUGCCUGUGCCAAAGUCUGUGCCUAUGUCCGAAAGCAAGUGGAAAAGAUCAGGAAUUCUAUGGAUGGCAAGAAUGUGGACAGUGUUCUGAUGGAGUUUGGUGUUCGUUUCCAUCGGCUCAUCUAUGAGCAUCUUCAGCAAUAUUCAUACAGCUGCAUGGGUGGCAUGCUGGCAAUCUGUGAUGUGGCUGAAUACAGGAAGUGUGCCAAAGAGUUCAAGAUUGCGUUGGUACUGCAGCUUUUCGACACGCUCCAUUCCCUUUGCAACCUCCUUGUUGUAGCUCCAGAUAACUUGAAACAGGUCUGCUCAGGAGAGCAGCUGGCUAUUCUGGACAAGAACAUCCUCCAUUCCUUUGUACAGCUCCGUCUUGACUACAGAUCUGCUCGCCUUGGCCGCCACUUCAGCUGAGAGCACACCAUGGAGCAAAACCAGGCAUUUGCUGGGACUCGGCUUACUAGAUAUCACAUUUAUAGUGGCUUUUGAGGGGGAAAUGGAGUAGGGGUGAGGAGUGCUCAGAAUGAAAAUGGCAGCCAUAACUGAAACUGGGUCUUGUCCUCUUUUUCAACUUCCUUGUGACAUAAGCGGUCUCCAGAGAUCAAGCUAACAGCUUUCAUUUAUCAGUUUGUGAUGGCACCGCAAGACUGUAAGACAGCAAACAAUGCAUCAAAACCUUUUUAGAAUUCUCUUCUGAAUGGAAAAGAAAUGAAAUUCCCAGCAUUUAAUCAAAUGGAAUUACUUGGACGUUAGUACUUUUCAGUGCAAACAAAAUAGAUUCUUGUGCUACCAUUUUUUUUCUUAUGACACAUGAUAACACCUUAUAGUCACCCAGGGGGCACGAGAGGGUGCGACUCUCUCAGUGAUAUUCUUUAAAUAACUUUGUGCUAUUUCAGAAUGAAAUACAUAAUGGAAUACAUGUAAAAAAUUGCUCUGCUUAAACCUGGCAUCUUGUGAAUGAGGUUGUAAAAUAUUGGGGAGGUAAAUAUUCUUGAUGGAGAGCUCUUGUUCUACAACAGGCUCCCCAGGAGUGGGCAAAGUGUGACACUCCAGAUGUUACAGAAGUGCUGUUCCCACAAUCCCUCCCUAAUGGAUGUGCUGGCUUGGACAGAAAGAAAUUACGGAACAGUAACAUUUGGAGGACUGCACUUUGUUGACUCUUGGUUUAAAUGAACAAGUCUCUUCCUCUGCUCCUGUUCUCCUGAAGUAGGUGAGGUUCUCCCACUCCUGUCUCUUAGUUGAGAGAUUGAAGGUUUUUGUUGCCUUAUGCUUGUCAAUCUGUAUUUAGCCAGAGUUCCUUAGAGUUUACCUUUUUGGUCACCUAAGCUCCCAAGGCUGUUAACAGUAUUGUCCAGCAGGUAGUUCAACAUGAACAGUCCCCUCAAAAUCACAUAACCUCUGGGAUUUCAGGAAAUGUAUAUGACAGGGGAAUGAGUAUGUGGCUUUAUCUCUUUUCUAUUUCACCCUUCAUUCCAUUCCCUUUGUCCCCCUCCUUUUGCGCCUGGAAACUCAUUUCUUUUCAGUCCCCUUUUCCUUACAGUUUUGUGCCUGUGUGCUCUCACCUGACAAAUAUGUGGUGAUGGGGCUUGAUGUAUUGGAAGCAGGUGAUAGCAGGCACGGUUUCUCCUUUUUUUCUUUCCCUGGCAGAGUUCUUGUGCCUUUGACAGCUGCAUCAUGGGCAGAAAUUCAACAGCCAAGCCUUUUCCAGACACAAGAGAUGCAGUGCCGGGGCUGGGGGAAGCUUCACAAUAACCAGUUAGUGCUUGAUAUGUGAGCGUUAAAAAAGAUGUGACAUUAAGAAGUUAGCGGCAUACAGACUGCAAAGUGGGGCUGACAUUCCUGAAGUUGGUAACACCAACUUUUUAAAAACACCGUCUUGUUUGUUUGAAGGCUUUGGAGGUCAGGCUAAGAGUAUGUCUGCACAGAGGCCAUUUUGUUGGCUUUGUAUCUCACUCAGUUCAAGACAAGGGUCUGUUCCUUUUUAAGAGGUCUGAAACUGGACAAAGUUCAACUUGGUUUUCUGGUUACUGCAAUUUUCUCAGAGUUGUUGAAAGUGACAGAACUUGUGGUCCUUUCAGACUACGGACCAGGGAUGCAUCUGUAUAGUAUCUCCUUUAAUUUUUAAAAUGGUAUUAAACUAAUAAACUUGA